AUGCCCGUCUUCACUGAGCAUUCUACUGCAUCUCGGAAUUUAAGGGUCUUGCCAUCCUUUGCUCCGCCGCUGCCCCGUCUAUCCCCUCCAUUUGAGCCCCAAAGUGGAUUAGAUGAGAAGUAUGAAGUGCUAAUUGUUGGGGCCGGACCAGCAGGAUUGAUGCUUAAUCUGCUUCUAUCUCGUUACGGACUCAGUGACGACUCCCUCCUUUGCAUUGAUUCCAAGCCCAGCACCCUCAAAUCCGGCCAGGCAGAUGGCGUCCAGCCACGGACUUUGGAAGUAUUCAAGACCCUCGGCAUCUCCGAUGAGAUCGAAAAUGAGGCUUGUCACAUGUGGCAAUUCGCAUUCUGGAACCCCUCAGACAAGAAAGAUAAAAUCAUCGAGCGAACAGCAGUCGUGUCGGAAGUUCUUGCUCCCUCGAGAUUCGGCUACGAGGCUACCAUCCACCAGGGCCGUAUUGAGCGGAUCAUGGAAACUGAUUUACUGCGGUACUCGAAGAGAGGUGUUCUGCGGAAUACACGGCUGAUUGAUGUACGCAUCGAUGAAGAGUCCGACGCAGAGUUUCCCGUGGUAGUCACCAUGAACACGAACGGCGAGGAGAAAGUCGUGCGUACUAAGCACCUUGUUGGUGCAGAUGGCGCGCACUCUAUCGUCCGUCAGUGCAUGGGCCUUCGUCUCGAGGGAGAAUCACUCGAUCAUAUCUGGGGCGUGAUCGAUUUAGUCGCCGAUACCGAUUUCCCUGAUAUCCGGCGCCGUGGUGCAAUUCACUCUCCGGCCGGCUCGGUGAUGAUUAUCCCUCGCGAGAGAAUUUCGACGGGCGAGUACCUCACUCGGCUCUAUGUUCAUGUUCCCGAGACGGUGGUUCCAGAUAGCGACCAACUUCUGGAUGGAACUAAUGGUGUCAAAGCUGAGGAUGCGAGGCAGCGGAGAAGCAAGAUCACGCAGGACGGUAUUUUGCAACAGGCGGCUGAUGCUAUGAAGCCGUAUUAUAUCCGUCCGAAGGAUGGCGUGGUGGAUUGGUGGGCUGCUUAUCAAAUUGGGCAGCGUGUCUCGCCGGAGUUUAUUGUGAAGGACUCGAAGGGCGUUGCUAGAGUAUUCAUUGCCGGUGAUGCCUGCCAUACGCACAGCCCUAAAGCUGGUCAAGGAAUGAACGUCUCCAUGAUGGAUUCCUACAACCUCGCAUGGAAACUCAUAUACCACAUCAACGGACUCGCACCAGAGUCCACAGCAACAGGACCACCAACACCCCUCCUCGACUCGUACCAAACAGAAAGACACAAAAUCGCCCAGCAAUUGAUCGACUUUGACCGGAAAUUCUCGACCAUGUUCUCCGGCAAAAUGGGCGCCACCGAGGGCCUCACGCAAGAGGAAUUCCAGCAGGCCUUUAAACUAGGCAAUGGAUUUACCAGCGGCUGUGGUGUCGAGUAUCCCGAGAGUACAGUCGUGGUCCACGAUGACUUGGAAGGUUCGAUGAGCCCGGUAAAGGGAACGGACUAUUUAUCUGGAAUUCUUCGGCCGGGACGGAGAUUGUUGGAUGUUCGGGUUUUGCGAUAUGCCGAUGGGGCGCAGCGGCAUAUCCAUGAUGAUAUCCCUUCAACGGGCCGAUUCCGUAUUCUAUGCCUAGCAUCUAUGGACCUUCUUGAUCGGCAAAGCAUUUCUGGACAAGCACUUGAUUCACUCGAUCGUCUUAUGCCCAAUUUCCCUGCAUCGGUUAUCGAGUUGAUCGUGUUACAUCCAAAGCUUCGUCGGGAAUUUGAGUGGGAUGAUCUCCCGGCCUGUAUCAAGCAGCGAGCGGAGAUGCGCUUCCACGAUGGGUCCGCUUUGGAGAAUGCUUAUGCGAUUUAUGGCGUGGAUCCUGCGCGUGGUGCUUUGGCUGUUGUUAGGCCUGAUGGGUAUGUCGGGGUCGUUGCACGUCUUGACGAUGUUGCGAGGGUGGAAGAGUAUCUCAAGGGAUGUAUCAGAACGGUUUCCUGA